AUGUCGGACGCCUUGAUCAACGGCCUCGCCGGUGCCGGCGGUGGAAUAAUCGCUCAGCUCAUCACCUACCCUCUUCAAACUGUAAAUACUCGUCAACAAACAGAGAGAGAUUCGAAGAAGGAAAAACCGAAACUCGGAAUCGUGGAUCAAAUGUGUCAGGUUGUAAAACAAGAAGGGUGGGGUCGCCUGUAUGGGGGAUUAGCUCCAUCGAUUGUAGGCACGGCCGCAUCUCAGGGUGUGUACUAUUAUUUUUAUCAAGUAUUCAGAAAUAAGGCCGAGUUAACUGCCCUUGAACGGAAGAAGAAAGGUAUCGGUGAUGGUUCAGUCGGAAUGCUUUCAUCACUUAUGGUUGCUGCUCUAUCCGGGUGCGUAAAUGUGCUGCUAACAAACCCUAUAUGGGUGGUUGUGACCCGCAUGCAGACUCACACAAAGAAAAGACAACCAAACAAUACUGAUUCUCCAUCUCCCAAAGAAUUAAUUCUUUCUGCAGUGGAACCUCUUCCUUUUGGUACUACCCACGCGAUUCAAGAAGUUUAUGGUGAAGCUGGAGUCUUGGGAUUCUGGAAAGGUGUUUUUCCCACACUGAUCAUGGUGAGCAAUCCUUCUAUACAGUUUAUGCUUUACGAGACUUUCUUGAAGAAGCUUAAGCGGCAGCGUCUUUUGAGUAGUAAGGGUGCCAAUGGGUGUCACUGCAUUAGAGGUAUUUUUUUGCUAGGAGCUUUGGCUAAACUGGGAGCUACAGUUGUGACAUAUCCUCUUUUAGUUGUGAAGUCAAGACUUCAAGCAAAACAAAAUGCUGGUGGUGACAAGAGGCAUCAGUACAGAGGCACAUUGGACGCCAUACUGAAGAUGUUACGUUAUGAAGGUAUAUACGGUUUCUACAAAGGCAUGGGCACAAAAGUUGUACAAAGUGUUCUUGCAGCUGCUGUUCUUUUCAUGGUUAAGGAGGAACUUGUUCGAGGUAGCAGAUGGUUAUUAACUAGGGGUUCGGUGGGUUCAGUAAAACCAAAGCCGCACUGA